UUCCUGUGCUUUUUACCUUGUUCUUUUCCCGUCCCCCACAAACUGCCAUGCGAUUCUCAUCCUGGUAUAAGAACGUUUCAUAGGACUCUUCUUUCGACACCAACAUCACCCACUAGCAAAAAUGAAGAAUCAGAGUUUGCUAAGAUGGAUUUCUCUCACCCUUACAAUUUUCAUCCUCCUCACCACCCAAAGCCAAUCCCAUGCAACAACACAAACGCAACCCAUUGUAGAUAACCCCACAAUCGAUAGCUUCAUCAACAGAACUCUCCAAUGGAGAAGAAGUACCCAUCAGAUGUCGAAAUCACAUGGAAACAUGAAGUUAUCAACCUCUUCAGUGGUAGCAGGAGUGUUGAGCUUCAUGGCUGCCUCCAUAUCCAGUGCGGGAGGUGUCGGUGGUGGAGGGUUGUUCAUUCCCAUUCUCACGAUUCUAGGUUGUGUAGACCUCAAAACCGCCACGAGUUUCUCGGCUUUAAUGGUCACGGGAGGAUCGAUUGCGAAUGUUAUGUAUAACUUGCUAGCCAAAAGCGCCAAGUCGGGGGGUAAGACGUUGAUUGACUAUGAUAUAGCACUUUUGUCGGAGCCAUGCAUGUUAUUAGGCGUAAGUGUGGGAGUAGUCUGCAACCUUGUGUUACCAGAGUGGCUGAUCACCAUUAUGUUUGCCAUUUUUCUUGUUUGGUCUACGAUUAAGACUUGUAGUACCGGGGUCGAGUUUUGGAAACUGGAAUCGGGUCGACAUCUAGGAACUAGAAACGGGUAUGGCAACUUGGAAAAUGGUGAAAGUGGGGAAGCUAAGAGUCUAGAAGAACCUUUGGUUUCCAUGGAAAGGAAAGAAAGUCAUAGGUUUCCAUGGAAGAUGGUGCUCUUGAUUAUGAUCUGGUUUUCCUUCUUUAUCAUCAAUCUCCUUCGUGGGAGUCGCUAUGGGCAGGGUGUCAUACCACUGAAGCCUUGUGGAAUAGAAUAUUGGGCUCUCUCACUGUUUCAAAUCCCUCUCGCCUUAACUUUUACUGCAUGGAUCCUUCGUAAACAAGAGCCCAUUGCAUGCCAAGCUCCAAAUAAGCAGGGGGUUAAGAAGCUAAUUUUCCCCUUAAUGGCUCUAAUGGCUGGAGGCUUGGGUGGUCUUUUUGGAAUUGGAGGGGGAAUGCUUAUAAGCCCGCUUCUACUUCAAGUUGGUCUAGCCCCUGAGGCAAGUAUGCCGGUCACUUGUCCCAGUUUUAACCAUUAUAGAGUUACAUAGUCUUAUCUAUGACAAAAGCCAAAAACCAAUGAUUUUAGCCAUUUGCUACAGGUAACUGCAGCUACUUGUUCUUUCAUGGUUUUCUUCUCAUCCACAAUGUCAGCAUUCCAGUACUUAUUGUUGGGCAUGGACCACAUUGGCACUGCCCUUGUGUUCUCCGUCAUUUGUUUUGUCGCAUCGCUUCUUGGAUUGGUGGUGGUGCAGAAGACCAUAAAACGGCUCGGAAGGGCUUCCCUAAUCGUGUUCUCGGUUGGUGUAGUGAUGGCUCUGAGUGCCAUUUUGAUGACUAGCUAUGGAGCUCUUGAUGUUUGGGACGACUACUCAUCAGGAAAUUAUAUGGGAUUCAAACUACCUUGUUAAAAUCAAAAUUUGUGAACUUUGUUUAA